AUGCCAGUACUUACCACUGAUGCUGAGUCAGAAACAGGUAUCCCAAAAUCCCUUUCCAAUGAGCCUCCCUCAGAAACCAUGGAGGAAAUAGAGCACACAUGCCCACAGCCUCGACUGACCCUGACUGCACCUGCCCCAUUUGCAGAUGAAACGAGUUGUCUGUGCCAAGCACCCCAUGAGAAACUGACCAUUGCUCAAGCCCGCUUAGGGACACCAGUUGACAGGCCGGUGAGAGUAUAUGCAGAUGGAAUAUUUGACCUCUUCCACUCAGGUCAUGCAAGGGCACUUAUGCAAGCGAAAACACUGUUUCCCAACAGCUACUUGCUGGUAGGAGUUUGCAGUGACGACCUCACUCACAAAUUCAAGGGUUUCACCGUGAUGAAUGAAGCGGAGAGAUACGAAGCUCUGAGACACUGUCGCUAUGUGGAUGAAGUCAUUAGAGAUGCUCCGUGGACACUCACCCCAGAGUUUCUGGAAAAACACAAGAUUGACUUUGUGGCUCAUGAUGACAUUCCGUACUCUUCUGCUGGCUCUGAUGAUAUUUACAAGCAUAUAAAGGAAGCAGGGAUGUUUGUUCCAACACAGAGAACAGAAGGCAUCUCAACAUCAGACAUCAUCACCAGGAUUGUCCGUGACUAUGAUGUUUAUGCCCGACGCAACCUCCAGAGAGGCUACACAGCCAAGGAACUGAAUGUCAGCUUUAUCAAUGAGAAGAAGUACCGCUUCCAAAACCAGGUAGACAAGAUGAAGGAGAAGGUCAAAAACGUGGAAGAAAGAUCAAAGGAAUUUGUGAACAGAGUGGAAGAAAAGAGUCAUGAUCUAAUUCAGAAGUGGGAAGAGAAAUCGAGGGAAUUCAUUGGUAACUUCCUAGAACUGUUUGGGCCUGAUGGAGCAUGGAAGCAGAUGUUCCAGGAGAGGAGCAACCGGAUGCUGCAUGCCUUGUCCCCGAAGCAGAGCCCUGUGAGCAGCCCCACCAGGAGCCGGUCUCCUUCCCGCUCCCCGUCGCCCACCUUUCUGUGGCUCCCGCACAAACCCUCACCCCCCUUCUCACCUAAAGCCGCCUCAGCCUCCAUGAGCAGCAUGAGUGAGGGGGAUGAGGAUGAGAAGUAA